CAACAAUAACAAUGACAAUGGUUACAGACCUAAAUUUUGCUGAAUGGUGAUCAAGUGGAAAGUCAGCACGUAAGACAGUGAAACAUGACCAUGGCAGUCUUCCUUCGAAAAAAACAACUGUUUUAUAUGUUUUUAUUGGUGUUGGUGAUACUACUCUACCUUUACAUAGAUCCAUUUAAAUCAAAAAUCAAACGUCGUCACCUGAAUCAAAAACCAAUUUUAAAGUCACAGGCCAACAUUCCAAAAUUGAUGGUUUCAUUUAAGGGACGAACUGGAAAUAAUAUGUUUUGUUAUGCUACUUUAAUUGGAGUGAGUCGACGUAAUAAUUUAUUACCAGUGAUAUCCGCUGAUAACUAUUUGUGGGAAUUUUUCAAUCUGCCUGCGCAAGUCGGAAAUUUAGGGGAUCUCGGAGAUUAUAAAUAUUAUGAAGAAAAAAUGGUCGCAUCCUACGAUCGACACACAGAACAUUUAGGUCCAUACAAUACGUACAUCGAUGGUUAUUUUCAAUCGUGGAAAUAUUUUGAAAAUGUUCGAAAAGAAUUAAUUACGAAACAUUUUGUCUUCCAUGAUGAUAUUUCUCAAGCAGCCGAUCAAUUUAUAAGAGAUGCAGUUGCCUUAAAGAAAAAACAGGGUGCAUUUAUUAUAGGAGUUCAUGUGCGGAGAGGAGACUUUGUGCGGCAAAGGUCCAAGGGAUUUACAGCAGCCCCCGUUUCGUAUUAUUACAAAGCGAUGAAUUAUUUUCGUCGGAAAUAUUCAAAUAUUUUAUUUAUUAUGAUCAGCAAUGAUGUUUACUGGGCUGAAGAUAAUUUGGAUCAAGGUCCGGACGUGUAUUAUUCUCACAACACUCCGGAUCAAGUGUCGCUUGAUUUGGCUGUGAUGAUCAAAUGUAACCAUACAGUAAUAACCUCCGGAACAUUUUCCUGGUGGGUGGCUUAUCUUUCCGGGGGAGAUGUUGUUUACUAUCAUCUGUUUCCAGAACCAGGAACAAAAAUAGCUAAUAUGACAGUCCGAGCGGACUACUAUCCUCCACAUUGGGUGCCUUUAUAAUAUAAGGACAAUAUGUGAUAAUGACUGACACAAAUAUUGUCCUUUAAUUCCACCGACCCUAUAUCCACAUACACGAAUUACAAAAUGCAAUUUUGCUUGUGUAUUUAAACUACAAACCAGAGGCCUUAUCUAGAUAAAUUAAACAUACAUUAUGCAAGAGCUAAAUCUGCCUAUUUCAGAUCUUUCUGUAGGCCUGAAAUGUUAUCUAAAUUAUUAAUUAGAUAUUAAUUAACUUAUCCAGACCAUAAUCAACUCUCAACGUCAUCGCUAGCCUGCAAUAUUUACUGGGUUAUGAUCCCAUUUCCUGCUCAACUUUCCUUCAUGAUUUAUUCAUGAAACGGAUAAUCAAGACUAUGUUUUUUAUCGUACCGACUUUAGUAAUGAUGAUUGAGGCUAGGCCGAAAUUUCAUCGCUUACCUCUCGGUUCAUAGUGGAUCAAUUUGACUGAAAUUUUCAGCAAAUUGCCUUUACAUUAUCUAGUUUUUGACUAUUAUAGUGAGAACUGCCAGCUCUUUAUCUAAUCUCCCAUAAUGUAGCUUUAAACUAGAAUGCAGUCUGUUUAUUGGACAAGCGUUAAUAUUUAUGGGGUGUGGGAGGUGUGUGGAUGUUCUAGAGGCUUAACACAUUAAAUCACAAGGUCUGUCAUUGAGUCAAGUGGCAUGGUUUCGGUUCCCAGCUUGUAUGUGACAAGGAGUAGGGUAGCCUGUCCAACCUUGUAGGUUUUCUUCUCUGGUAUAGAAGUCUCUGAAUGUCAUUUGGUUUCUAUUCUCCGUUUGUACUUGACAAGGAGUAGGGUCGCCUAUCCAACCUAUUUCCUCCCAUGGCUAAAGACCCCUAUGUGCAAGCGAAUUAUUGAAAUAAAAUUGAACCAUGUGUUAGUCCCAAAAUGACCUAGUUUGUGUCGAGUGGACGUUAAACCCCAUCCCUCUCUCUCCCUGGAAUAGAAUUACUGCUUAUUUCUCUAGUCAUUAUCAUCAUUGUCUAGUUGGAACAUCGCCCAGUAAUAAGCACAAAUGAAAUGAAAUUGGGUUUAAUGUCCCACUGUUCUGCUCCUAUGCUGGGCUAAUGAAGACGAAAAACCAAGGUCCCGUGUACACAUUGGCAUGCACGUAAAAGAUCCCUUGACAGUUGGAAUUCGAUAUAAGAGUAGACCGUAGUGCCACUGUCCAGGCAAAAUUUCCCUCAUAACACACUGUAUGGCAUAUGCCGCGUCUUCAUUAGCCCAGUUCGGAGCAGAACAGUAGGAUGUUAAACCCCAUUUCAUUUCGAUUGCCAGUCCAGAAUGUCCUAAAUUCAAAGAAUUGCAAUCAUGUUAAGCUAAAUUCAGUCCUGACACAGUUCUGUCAGUCCCGACGACUGAGGUGGUGUGAGUAGAAUUAUGAUGUAAAUAAACACAACAAAUAUGUUUCAGAUGUCAUGAUUGGUUGAGAUAUUUCCUUGUGCAGAUCAUGACACAUGCAUUGUAGCUCGAAUCCCCCUUUUCACUCAAUUGUCACUAUUCUUGGGAUUGGGAUAAUUCAAUUCUGGAAAGUUCAAUCGAGUACCCCCAUGGCUUACAUGAAAUAAAUAUAAUAUGUACAAUUUUUGAGAAAUGGAGAUUGUCGUAAAUUGAUUUGUAGUUUCAGAUGACUAGUAAAAUUGCGAUUUUGUAAUCCCCAUAGCCAUAUUUGUAUUUUAGUUUAAAUAUGUUUCAUGUAUUUAAGUAUGCAUCAUUCAUUGUUUUUAAAAGGUGAGCGAUUGCCCUCGAGCGUCCGACGCUCACCUGAAUGUAGACUGAGUGGAGGUUUUUCUCCCUCUCCUUAAAAUUGAAAAUUGCUCUCCUUUACAAAGUCAUGGGGGGUUGGGGGGGGGGGGUAUUAUCAUUUAUGAAACUGGGAAUGACCCCCUAACAUGCAGUUUUGAUCUUCAGAACCAUUUCUCAUACACACAACUAAUCACUCUCCUUAAUUUCUAAAUUACUCUUCUUAUCGAAACUGGGGGGUUGGGUGGCCGAAUGGUUAGCACAUGCGCGCUGUAUCAUAAGGCCUGUCAUUGAGUCAACUGGCAGGGUUUUGAAUCCCCCGUUGUACGUGACAAGGAGUAGGGCUGCCUGUCCAACCUCGUGGGUUUUCUCCGGGUCCUCCGGUUUCCUCCCACUUUUAAAGACCCCUAAUUAUUGAAAUAAAAUUAAACCAUAUAUUAGUCCCAAAAUGACCUAAUUUGUGUCGAGUGGACGUUAAACCCCAUUUAUCUCUCUUAUCGAAACUGGGAGAGCUUUUUUCAGGGGAGUGAUAUUUUUAAUUUGUUGAUUUGGGGAGCUUUUUUUGGCUCUCCUCUAAAAUACAAACAGCGCCUGAUGCAUUAU